GUAAAAAUGUCUGCAGCUCCGGCUCAAUUCGAUGGCGUUGAAACUGCUUUGGCUGAAAAAUUGGACGGAGUUUCUUUAGAUGAAGUCGAAAGAAUUCUUUAUGGUAGACCAUACAGAGCACUGGAAAUUUCUUCUAUUGCGGAAAAACUAGCACAAGAUGGUGAUUUCCAACUGUCUGGAUACAUUGUGGACGCUCAAAAAGAACAAACAAGAGCUCCAAGACUGGUUCGCGUUGCCGCUAUUCAAAACAAAAUCCACCGUCCAACUACAGACAGUGUCGUUGAACAACGUGAUGCAAUUCAUCAACGUGUCGGAGCAAUGAUUGAAGCUGCUGCUUCCGCUGGAGCUAAUGUUAUUGGACUUCAAGAAGCUUGGACAAUGCCAUUUGCAUUCUGUACUCGUGAACGUCUUCCAUGGACAGAAUUCGCAGAAUCUGUAUACACUGGACCAACUACACAAUUCCUUUCUAAAUUGGCCGUGAAACAUGAUAUUGUGAUUAUUUCUCCAAUUUUGGAAAGAGACGAAGAAAAGGAUGAUGUUAUUUGGAAUACAGCUGUUGUGAUUUCUCAUACUGGACGGGUUAUCGGAAGAUCUAGAAAGAAUCAUAUUCCAAGAGUUGGAGAUUUUAAUGAAUCUACAUACUAUAUGGAGUCCACACUUGGUCAUCCAGUUUUUGAAACCAAAUACGGUCGUAUCGGAAUCAAUAUUUGUUACGGACGCCAUCAUCCACAAAAUUGGAUGAUGUACGCUCUUAACGGUGCAGAGAUCAUCUUCAAUCCAUCAGCAACAGUUGGUGCUCUCAGUGAACCACUCUGGGGUAUCGAAGCACGAAAUGCUGCCAUUGCCAAUCACGUCUUCACAGUUGGAAUUAACCGCGUGGGCACUGAAGUCUUCCCAAAUGAAUUUACCAGUGGAAAUGGGCAACCAGCGCACAAAGACUUCGGUCACUUUUAUGGAUCCAGUUAUAUUGCUGCUCCUGAUGGUAGCCGUACUCCAGCAUUAUCUCGUGUUCGUGAGGGAGUUCUCAUUGCUGAACUCGACUUAAAUCUGUGUCGUCAAUGCAAGGAUGCUUGGGGAUUCAGAAUGACAAACCGUCUCGACAUGUACGCUCAAAAGAUUACGGAAGUUUCCAACCCGGACUAUCGUCCAGACAUCAGAAGAGAGCAAUGAAUCAGUUUUGUUGUUGACAUUUCAAUUUAUGGAUGAUUUUUCUUUGUUUUCUAUCACCUGAUUAUUAUUUGAAUCGUAAAUAAAUGUAAUUCAAUUUAG